GAGUUCGAUUCCUUUUAACAGCGAUUCAACAUUUAAGUGAAUGUUACCAUAGCCCCGGGUUAACCCAAGCCAUGUGAGGGAAAUUGGGAGAUGGCACACUGUGUGUGCCAUUGGAUGUUGUGGGGAGUUGUGUAGUAAAGCGCAGGCCCUACUAAUUGGGUCUAAAUAAGACCUCAACAGCAAAACCCACCCAGUCCCAAGACAUCAUUUUGAUGCUGUCUGUUCUUAAAGCAAAUUUAGUAUCAUUGGAAUAGUGUUUGUUUACUCUAACAGUGCCAAAUAUAUACAUUAUUACCUAGCUAUCUUAUCUUAGUAUGCAGAACAAUCAAUGAUUGACUUGUAAAAGAAUGUAUCAACAGCAUGAAAAGGGUGCCAAAGAAAUGAAAAAAUCAAAGAAUGCUAGCCAGUUGACAGAUUUACAUGUGUUCAUUGUUCCACUGGAUUUGUGGCUGGAUAGAUAUAGAACUGCAUAUAAUAAUGCUGUUCUUGAGUCCACUUCUGCUGGAUUUAUAAGAAUCACAGCGUCAACAUCUCUUCAUUCUGUUCGAGAAGCAAUCUAUGAACAGUUAGGAAAUGAGAUUGUUCCUAGUGAUUUCAUUUAUCUUCGAAGUGUUGGAAGAUGUUUAGCUGUUGUCAAUAAAAAUCAAGAACAUAAUUUACAAGGAAAAGAUUUUGCGCCUCCAUCAGCAUAUUCACCUGAAUUAUUUUUACUUCCUUGCACUCACGAGGAAGCUCUAUCUGGAACUAAACGUCUAUAUGAUACUGAGGAAUAUUACAGCAAAAAUCUAUACUCUGGUCCGUUUACAUAUGAUUCCAACGAUUCUAAUGACUCCACAACAUUCUUUUCACCAAGAGAUUCAGUUAUCAAUUCUGACGUUUCACCAAAAUUUGAUUUUGCGAAAUCAUCUAAGCCAGCAGUUAAACAAGUCAAUGAAACUUUGACCGAUUCGCAACCUGCUGUGAAAAAUACGCAAGAUGACAAAUCACCACCACUGAGUGAUGGUAAGGACAAGAAUGACUUGGUACCUGAACUCGAUAUCGAUGAAAGUGACGUUUACACAAACGAUGAUAUUAACAUUCAUGAUUCGGAACGCUCAAGUACACUGCCUGCUACUUCAUCAGUUUUUAAACUAAUUAAACCUGAGCUAGCGCUUAUACCAGCAACUCCAGAACAGCAUUUCCCGUUACCGUCAGCAAGAGUUGUCACAAAAUCACAUAGCAGAUUGCAAGAGAGCGGUGUAAAUGCUUCCAGUCUUGGAGUCACAUUUGAAGAACCUGCGAAGUUAAGUAAACAAGAAUCGAGAGAAAACAAAAUCUUACGCCAUCGAAAUAUUCAAAACAAUGACAAAAAGAAAAUAAUUAGAGAAAGAAUGAAAGAAAAACAACUGGAAACUGAGUAUGAAAGUGACAACGAAGAAGAUGAUAAUGAAGAAGCUGACGAAACAGAACUAAGUCCUGAACGAAACGUUCGACUUUUAUCGCUAGAAGCUAAAAUGAAAGAGAGAUAUGAGAGAGAGAAGCAGCGCUUGGAAGAAGAGAAUAACGCACAGUUAACAAAAAGUGAUGAAAAUAAUAAUGAUAUAAAGGGCGGAAGAGAUACUCAGCUAAUGUAUGAGGAUGACGAAUUUGCAACAAAAAUAAAAGAGAUUGAGGAGUUGAAGAAGAAAAAUACCGAGACACGAAAGAAGCAACAAAUAGAAGAAGAAGAAAAACAAAAGAAACAUUUAGAAGAUCUAGAAGAGAAGAAAAUGAAGGUGCAAGAACUGAAAAGACAGUUGGAAAAUACGAGAUCUGAAAAGCAUAAUUUUCAGAAACAACGAGAAGCCCUGGUGAAGAGAUCCCGAAACCUACAAGCAGAGAUUAAUUCGAAAGUAUCACAAAGAAACAACACCUGGCGAAAAAAGUUUGUGGAAGAGAAGAAACAAACGACCAUACUGGAGGAAGAGUUGAAAAGAACGAAAAACCAAGUAGAAGGCCAGCAUCGCAAGCUAGUCUCUUCGUUUGGUAUCCACGGGAUUGCUGGUAAAAGUAAAGAUCUUAUGAUGAAUGAUGGUGUUCCAUCAGAAAGGAACAACCAGAAAAAUAUGAUAUUGCGUCUUCAAUCAGAAAAUGAGGAUUUGAAAAGUCGUAUAGAGCUGUUAAAUAAAAAGCUGACAGCUGAAUCCAAGAUGAAAGGUGUAGCUAUUCAAGAACUAAAAGACAUUCGUGAUAAGGCGAUUGAAUUUAAGAUAAAUGCAUCAAGAGCUAAAAAAGCUUUACCUCAAUAGAGGAAAUUUAACAUAGCGAUAACAAUGAGAGCAUUGCUAAGUUCCUGACUAAAAAUGGCGGACAAAUAUUUGUGUUCGAAUUUAAUUAGUUGAGUAUUGUUUUGUACAUUAGGGAAAAAUAUCAUGAACAUUUUUUUGUCUCAUAUUAACAGCAACUUAUUAGCUCUAUUUGAGAAAAUUUGACCAACUGUGUCAAGACCGCCCACGUCAAAUUUUGUCAAAUUGAGGUAUAUAUAUUUUUCUUUAAUUUUUUAUAUAUGUAUAUAAGAUUAAUUAUUUUUUUUUAAUUUUUUUUAAUUGUCAAUAGACGCAUUUUUAUUUGUAGAAAUGCUUUUUUACUGGUUUUAUUUAUUUUUUACAUGUUACUUAUGAGGGAUGUACUGUAAAGUUUGCCGUCAGGUUAAUUAAUGCUGGGAAAGGCCUAUUUCUUUCGCUAAAUGUUACUGUUGAAGAAAAAUUCCAUCAUGUUUUUUAUACUAAUUUUAUAUUUAUUAAUUUGGAUUUAUUUUUUUAAUGCGACUUUCUCGUUUUCUUUAUAAUAAUACCUAAAUUCUAACCACUACUAAAUUUAAAUGCAAGACUACUUGAAUACCGAUUUUUCUAGUAAAAGGACUCUACCGCUACAAUUUUGUGAAAAUCUUGAACCUAAAUUUCCAGUAUUUUUUAUAUUAUGUGCUUUUAAAGGUUUUUACCGAGAUUGAUUUUUGACGUUUGGUAGAUCGACGUCAUUUAAGCAUGAUGUUUUUAACGCUGUAUUUACGUGACCGGUUUUAUUUGACGGAUUUAUUUUAUGACGGUAUACACGUAGUUGUCAUCAAUUAAAUGUCCAGGGCGCUUUUAAUUUUUUUUAUCUUUUGCUCUUGGCGCUUAUUGGAUAAAGAUACGCCUUUACAAUGAGCGGCUUAACAUAGAGCAUUUGCGAUUUUAAAGUUAUUUGAAUGACGGUGAAAGUAGACUAGACACAUGGUCGCAUAUUAAAAGGCAUUACUAGCGUGGCCUCGUGGUUAUGGAGUCCGUUUUGUAAUCACAAGGCCUGUGGUUAGAUCCACACCGCGGGCAUGUUUAGCAAUUUCCUUUACCACAGCUACAGGUCAACCCGUGCCAUGAGGGAAAUUGGGUUGGCAAUGCCGGUUUAUACCUAAAGUAUACAUUCAGAACACAGGACCGGCAUUGAUAACAGUGUUUUCAACACUGAAGUGGCUAUAUCCUGUAUAAAUAUUUGGAAUAAUAAUAAUAAUAAUAAUUGUUAUUCAUAUUCUUUUAACAGAAGAAGUGUGUAUAUAAUUAGCGUUUAUAGCUGUUUCUAGGAUCGAUCUUCAAAUUUGACUAGUAUUAGACAAAAAUUAAGUGUUUCAGAAUGUGAAAGCAAUUUAGUCAUUAAUAGAAACAACCCAUAACUAAAAGGUUAGUCGGUUUCUAAUGGAUAAAUUCACCAUCCUUUUUAUAUAUAGCAUUUCAUAUGUCAGCAGAGCGAUACAUCGAUCAGAGACAGCUAUCGCUACUGCGCUACCAUUUUGCGCAGAGAUUACGAGUGUUAUUAAUAGAGUGUGGAUUAAUUCAAUUUACGUUCAAAAGGUCCUCGUUUUUUAUCUCAGCAAUAUUUUGUAGUUCUUAAUUUAUUUUAUUGUAUUUUUAUUUUAACGACAAAUGAUAUUCUCAUACGCAGUGAUAAAAUGUCUUUUAUAAAACAU